AUGGCAGAUAAAAAUAACAAUUAGUCACCGUAAAAUUGCUAAUCUAAUGAAGAGGAUGAGGUAUGGGCUAAGAUGAACUCCCUCACUAAAAAAAUAAAGAAUGUUGAGAUACGACACACGCAUUUUACUAUUGGUCGGGCCUCUGGCAACUUGAUAUAAAUCAAAGAUAUUAGAUUGUCUGGGCGUCAUUGCAUUAUCAAUAGAAUGCUUGACGAAAACGGGAAAAUGAUAGUUUGUUUGGAGGACGCUUCAACUAAUGGCACUUAUCACAAUGGCUCGUUGAUCGGAAAAGGGUCAACCAGAGAACUGAAAAAUGGGGAUGAAAUAUUCCUACUCAAGGAAGGAGAGGGCGUUUCUACAGAAGAUGAAAUCGGCUUCAUUUUCGUUGUUUUAAAAGAUUUUUCAAAAGCUGAAUAGCCGAAUUCAUAAGACAAGGCUAAUGAUCAGGAAAAGCUUGAAAAAGAAAUUGAGAAAUCAAGAUUAGAGAUCAAUCAAUCAAAGGAAGAGCUAGAGAAAAAAGCUUAGGAGGAGCAGAAAAUCAGGAAGUAGAUUUCUUAAAUGGCUGAUUAAUUCGAUUGCGGCAUAUGCUACAUGACGAUGCAUUAGGCUGUGUCUUUAAUGCCUUGCUUGCAUACAUUUUGUGGAGGCUGUUUCUCCGACUGGCUGAACAGAUAAAAAGAUUGCCCAAGUUGUCGCGAGAAUGUAGUAGAAGUAAAAAAGCAUUCCCUUAUAAAUUGCUUAAUUGAAAACUAUUUGAACAUUAAUCCUUAGCUCAAAAGAUCAGAAGAGGAAAUAAAGCACCUUGAAUCGCUGAAUAUGUUCAAAAAUGAUAUAGUCAAUAUCGAUAAAUUGCUUGAGGAGCAGCAGAAACAAAAGAAUGCCAAGUUAUAAGCGCAGCAGUAACAAGAGUAGUAAAAUAAAGACAUUAAAAUGAAGGAUGAAAGUGAAAACAAUGAUUAAGAAGAUCCAGAUGGUUUAAUUAGUUCUGAAGACUCCGCUGAGGAAGAACUGCCUUAAAAAAGGGUUAUGAAUAAAAGAGGAGUAAAAACUCCGAUUCCUAAACCCACUAAAAAAUAGUAAAAACCAAUAAGGAAAAUACCUGUGACUAUAUAAAAUAAGAAAAAAGCAGUCGCUCCUGCUAAAAAAAGAUGA